UUUCUCUUCUUCCUCUCUCUCUUUCUCCGCUCGCCUCCUCCUCGCCUCGCCGCCCCUCCCCCACUCGCUCGUCCCGCUGCUGCGUUGCGGGCCACACUGUGACCGCACCGACGACGAAGAGGAGGACGAGGAGGAAGAGGACCGCCGGGGGGGGCAGCUGCGUUCCAAACCACACGAGAGGGGCCGCCAAAAAAGAACAAGCGGAAGAAGAAGACUUCUCUCUCGUUUCCUCUCGCCAUCCUCUUCAUUAGCGACACAUCGCAAAGGGGGAAUUUUGCGGCGGGAAACCGACGACAGAGAUCCCCCCCUUCACUCCCGGACCAACCGUAUAAUACUGUUCAUCUUCGAGCCCCCCGCUCCCCCCACCCCGGACCAGCCGCGUACGUGGUCGUCGAGCAGCCAUGAAGGAUCGAACGGCGGAACUGCGGAGCGCUAAGGACAGUGAUGAUGACGAGGAGGUGGUGCAGGUGGAUCGAGACCACUUCAUGGACGAGUUCUUUGAGCAGGUGGAGGAGAUACGCGGCUGCAUCGAGAAGUUGUCCGAGGAUGUGGAGCAGGUGAAGAAGCAGCACAGCGCCAUCUUGGCUGCGCCCAACCCUGAUGAAAAGACCAAACAGGAGUUGGAGGAUCUGACGGCCGACAUCAAGAAGACUGCCAAUAAAGUUCGUUCAAAAUUAAAAGCGAUCGAGCAAAGCAUCGAGCAGGAAGAAGGUCUCAACAGAUCUUCGGCAGACCUCCGGAUCCGCAAGACGCAGCACUCCACGCUGUCCCGCAAGUUUGUGGAGGUGAUGACCGAGUACAACACCACGCAGUCCAAAUACCGAGACCGCUGCAAGGACCGCAUUCAGAGGCAGCUGGAGAUCACCGGAAGAACCACCACCAACGAGGAGCUGGAAGACAUGUUGGAGAGUGGCAAGCUGGCCAUCUUCACCGAUGAUAUCAAGAUGGAUUCCCAGAUGACCAAACAGGCCCUGAACGAGAUCGAGACCCGGCACACCGAGAUCAUCAAGUUGGAGAACAGCAUCCGAGAGCUUCACGACAUGUUUGUGGACAUGGCCAUGCUGGUAGAGAGUCAGGUAGGUAGUAUGGGCCAGAUUCUUGUAUUACUCAAAACCUUGGGACCACCCUUGACUCACCUGUGCUGUGCUGGUUUUCAGGGCGAGAUGAUCGACAGAAUCGAGUACAAUGUGGAGCACUCUGUCGACUAUGUGGAGCGAGCCGUCUCCGACACCAAGAAGGCCGUCAAGUACCAGAGCCAAGCUCGCAAGAAAAAAAUCAUGAUCAUCAUCUGCUGCGUGAUCCUGGGCGUGGUCCUGGCGUCCACCAUCGGCGGGACUUUGGGCUUCUGAGCUUCCGGGACGCCCGUCGCCGCCGUGACGACGUCCGUCGCUGUGACGACGGCCAUCGCCGCCGUGACGACGCCCGUCGCCGUGACGACCGACUGCGGCAGACGGACGGGAGCCGGAGAAGAAAAAAAGCCCAAAAACUUGAACCACAAAUGCAAGAAGAUAACCAAUCAGCAAACGGGACACACUUGGGGUGGGCCGAGGUCCAAAAUUCCCACCAAAAGCAACACCCUGAAAUGCACCACGCUGUCCGUGUAAAGAGCGUAAACCGGCUCGCACGCCGUCCACAUUUUACUUUGCUUCUUUCUUCUUUGGAGCGUCGCUUUCCUUUUUUUUAACGAGACGGUGAUGGCGACAGCGUAGCCUGGCGGGAAAAGUCCACCGGUGCAGUCCCGCACAAAUAGACCGCCACCCCGCCCUCCGACAAACACGCACAAUGGCUGUGUUCCGAAUUCCUCCCUAGUCACUAUAUAGCGCCUGCUAUCCAGAGUUGGGGGUCAACAAUUUGUUACACUGUGUAGCGAGCAUGCUAUCAUCUACACAAGCCGCAUAUUCGCUGUUUGGCAUUCAUAGAUUUUUUUUCCCCGGAAUCUGUCUUCUGAUAGUCACUGAAAAACUCACACUCCGCCCAAAAGGAGUAACAAUAUAACUUUGACACCAUCUGCUGGCAUUUUGGUGCUGAAGUGAGUUGAGGAGUUUAAUUUGGACAAAAGUAGUCCUUUGCCGCCAUCUUUGGUAUUUGCAAUACAGUAUAAAGUUACGCUAAAAAAUGUAUAAAAUUGUGGCGUAAAAUUCAAUAUAAGUAGAGAAUUUUGUAAAAUACUCAGUUUAAAACAAUAGAUCGUUAUUCUAUUUUAUUGUAUUUGCUCAUGAUUAAUUUGAGUAUUUUCUCGUAAUGGCCUUGUUACGUAGCUCUACAUGGAUCAUCGGGAAUCAUUCCCUACAUCCGAAUCACUACAAAGGCAUUUGUAGUGGACCUUUGAGGAACUAUCUAGGUCCACAAUAUCUAAAUUGCGAUCGGGAAUGAGUGACGGAUUCCCAACACAGCCAAAGCGUCCCACGAGUCUUUCCUGAUUCGGAGAGCACCCCUCAUUGGUCAUUCAUGACAGUCAACACUCCGCCCACUUUCACUUGAUUGAUUGGAACAAAAUCCGGUGUUUAUGAUUAGGGGGAGGGCUGCGGGGGUCAUUUGAAGGUGGCAGGUUGCCAUGGCAACACAUCAAGCCAAGGGUGGGGAGGAGGGAGGGGCCUCAGGUGGCAUAGAGUCAGGGGCAGGGUAGUCAAUCUAUGCAGUUUCGAUUACAAGUGUGACCGGCCCGCCCACUGACCGCAGCCCCGCCCACUUGGUCUUGCGGCCAUGUUUCGCGGCGCUUGGUGCUCCUUUUACUGUACAUGACCGCCUCCCGUCACUAUCUGUUGACGUCACUUCCUGUUGACAUCGCCAGAGCCGUCGUUAUCGCCUCCGUCUGGCCGAGUGCAUUUGUAGUCGUCGACAAAGUUGCUCGGCAUCCUAGUUUUGCUCUAGCAUCGCCUGAGCUUUAGCCUAGCUUAAGCUAGUACACACAAGAUUCAAGACAGUGGAGGAAAUAACCCACAAUGCGUCUUAAGAUGUUUCGUGGCAGGAAGCUAACUUCCUUCUCCAGUAGUUAGUAUAGUCGAGUGAACUAAGGUGAAACCGCACCAGAGAGUUAUGGUCAAUUUGCCCCAGAGUGCAACUAUACAAAAAGACGUUCACAUAGUGAACUUCCUUUUAAGGAAAUAACAUGUUUGCGGCCUUAUGGGUUUUUUUUUUCCUCAGUGGGUCCAAACGUUGUAACAUGUUUGAAAAACAUACAAGCUUGGCACCAUUAGCUUUGUUAGCAUAGCGCAUGUCUAAUUGUUGUGGUUCUGUGAUGCUAUGGCCUGCCUCCCACCACAAGUGAGGCGAACAAGGACCCCAACACCACAAACGGCACUCGGCAUUCAAGCAAUAACGUCAUCGAGCGAUCGCUCUCGUUACAACCCGGCAUCGGUAUUGGCAUCGCGAGCCAAGCUAGCACGGAGCACGGCGGCUUGGACGCUAACAGGAAGCGGGAUCCAGUGGCUUUGUUCAGUUACUGCGUGUUGUGUAGUCUUUAACGCUUUUAGCUGUGUGACGUGUUGUGGCAAACAAAACAAAAGCAAGCGUUUGUAGCAUGUUUUCUUUUCAUUCCCGAAACCAAAACCGACUUGCGUGUGCACCAAAGUUUUUUCGUGUUGUGUUGAAACCAAACCCGUCGGCCGCGCCUCCUCGUUUGCUCGCUCGCCUCCUGACAGCCAAACAAGUUGCUCCUUUUCCACAGCAGUCAGUAAAAUUGGGUCACGCUGGGACGUCUCGGACGGGUUUACGUGCGCCACAAUCAUCGUCCCUCAACAAACGCAAACAUGGCGGCACGAAGGAAGGUGAAGACGUGUUUGAGAUUUUGGAAUCGAUCACUCAUUCCUGACUUCCCAGUCCUCAAAGGGACUUUUUGACAGGACAUUUUAGGAACUAUCUUGGUCCACUACAUAAACCUGCGUACAGUACAGAUACUGUACAUAGCUAUUUGGGAGUCAGGAUUGAGUGGAUGAUAUUGCUCAUCGUUGCUGUGUUCGGAACCAUUCACUCAUUCCAGAGGCAUCUUAGGGACGAUCUAGGUCAGGGGUCUCGACGUGUGUGGAGGCUACUGGAGAUCAUCCAGCAGGUCACAAGUUUGAGAGCCUUGACCUAGAUCCACUAGACAAAAAUCUCCAUCUAGUGAUGAGCUAGUCAGGAACGAUGCACUCAUGUCCUGUCCUGAAUCACUACUGAGGGAUUUGCAGUGGACGUUUGAGGAACUAUCUAGGUCCGCUCUAGAAAAAUCCCAAUAGGAUGUCGUUGGGAAUAAGCGAAGAAUUCUGAAAACAGCCUCAGUGUUGUCCUUUGUAUUUUUGGAAAGAUGACAGCGUGGAUCAGGACAUCCCUGCUCCCUCUCCCCCCCCCCCCCCCCCCCCCCCCCCCCCCCGCGAGGGCCCCCUACCCCCAAUCCCAUGUCACCGCUCCUCCAAAAGGUGAAGAUACAAUAAGUAAAAAAAAUGAAAGAAAUAAUAAAUAACAAUGAAAAAGCAUGCAAAGCGUUGUGGAGUUUGCAUGGUGAUGUUUUUCGUAUCCCGACCUGCCGCCAUGUUGCGCACUUUACCGCUCAUCGGCUCUGUCUUUGUUAGCACGUUAGCACGUCAGCCGGCAUCUUUUCACAUCCCCCCCGGGGUGCCCCCCCCAAGCACCGCCCCCCCCCCCAUGCUGUUGGAGCGACAGGAAGCCAACAACGACGAUGACGCUCGCUUUUUCCCGCUCUGACAAAAACAAACGAAAAGGUGUUGGCGAGCGCUCCAAAGACGGCCUGCCGUUAGCUGUUAGCAUGCCGACAAUUUGCGCGGCAGCGUCCUCCAUGUUUGUAGUGCUGUUUGUAGUGCCGACGACGACGCGCUCUGUCUUCCUGAAAGCAUUCUCCAAACCAAAACUCCUCCUGGUCCGGUCGCCGUGACAACGUGAUGUUCGCCAUCGAUCCGACGCUCCGCCCACAUCUUUGUGCUCCGCCCCCCCCCGAGUCAGUAUUCAUUUGUAUUAGUGGGAGGAGUCACGAGAAGGACUUUGACUUUGCUGUUGUCGUUGUUGUUGUUCUGAUCGCCAUGGAGACGAGAAUGUGUAAUUAUUGUAAAUAACCACAAAAAGAUGACCUGCAUGUUUAUCUAGAAAAUUCCAGACAAAGUUGACGGCGUGCUGGAGCGUCCGAUCCUCUUUAGCUGCCAGGCCGCCACCUUGGCGUCGCGGGGCGGGGUUGGCGUCCACUUUAGCCGUCUUCUUGGCGUCCCAAAGCGCCUAGCGGCGUCUCGGCCGAAAGUGCUUCCUCCGUUUUGCCGAUUUUGUCUCUCGAAUUCUUGGCGCACGUUCCGCCAAAGGACGACCGUCGGGGUUGGGGCCCCGUCCGCCCGUGCUAGUUAUCCGUCUCGUUGGGCCUCCUCGCCCCGGGGCCCCUCCCCGUCCGCCCCUUCGGCCCCCCGCAGGCAGGCCGAACUGGACAAAGUGCAAUAUUAUUUUGGCGGCGUCAAGGCUCGGCACUAAAGAGGACAGACAGCGGGACAUCCGCUCGGCUCGCCCAACUUUGACGGGAAAUGCAACUUGUGUGUUUCUUUUAGUGUGUGUUUGUGUGUGCGUAGUGUAACGUAAAAGCCAUCCGUCCCGCCCUCCCAAAACACUUAAGAUCCCCGUCCUUCGAUUGGCAACAGCUCCCCUGCCCUGCCCCCUCCCUCGUGCUGCUGUUGGCUGUUUUGUUUCCGUUGGUGUGACGUGCCAGUAUAACCCCCCCGAGCCCCCACAACUCCCUGACCAGUCGCUCUCUCGCUCCCUGUCCCCGUCCCACCUCCCUCCAUGGAUCUUUAAGAUGACAACUCUAUGCAGAUGCGUCUUUUCUAAAUGUGUCCAACAUUUUAAGUUUCCAACAAACAAAAAAACAAAAAAAUAAUCAAACCCUGACAGAAAUAUUGAAACAUGAAGAAAUAAAGAAGGAUUGUUCAGUGUU